GCAGCUUCGUGCAUAUUGCGUAGUGCUCUGUUUUGAUUUUUUGUUGUUUUCCUUAUUAUUUAAACGAAUCUCCUUCCUUCCCUUUGCAUUAGACUCAAUUUUUAUCAUAAGAUUUGAAUAGUCCACAGAGGUUACUUGCGAAAGAAGAAAAUGAUGAUAACCAAGUCCAAGAGUACUACUGAGGAGCAGGCCAGACUAAAACCUGAAUAUGAUCGAGCAAGUGAAUUGAAAGCUUUUGAUGAAACAAAAGCUGGCGUCAAAGGACUAGUUGAUGCUGGAAUCAAAGAAGUUCCUCGGAUAUUCUAUCAGCCGCGAGAUCAGUUUGAGACGGACUCAUUUUCAGGUGGCACUCAGGUUAGUAUUCCUGUUAUAGACCUUGAAGGAGUGGAGAAAAAUCCAAUUACUCGUAAGGAGAUAGUUGAAAAAGUCCAAAUUGCAUCGAAGACAUGGGGAUUCUUUCAAGUGCUUAACCACGGGAUUCCAGUGAGUGUCAUGGACGAAAUGAUGGAUGGUGUGCGUAGGUUUUUUGAGCAAGGUGUUGAGGCUAAAAAACAACUCUUCUCCCGUGAUUAUACGAAAAGGGUGGUGUACAAUUCUAAUUUUGAUCUGUUUAGUGCACCAGCAGCUAAAUGGAGAGAUACAGUUUUCUGCUCUAUGGCUCCUAAUCCUCCCAAGCCAGAAGAGUUGCCAACAGUUUUCAGGGAUAUAACGCUGGAAUACUCAAAGCAAAUAAUGAAUUUGGGUUAUUUGCUGUUUGAGUUACUCUCGGAGGCUCUCGGACUGAACCUUGAUUAUCUGAGAGAUAUUGACUGUGCUAAAGGGUUGGUCAUGCUGUGCCAUUACUAUCCCAUCUGUCCACAGCCAGAACUGACUCUAGGUUCAAGCAAGCAUGCCGACAAUGGCUUCCUCACCGUGCUCCUACAAGACCAUGUUGGCGGUCUCCAGGUACUUCAUGAAAAUCACUGGAUUGAUGUACCCCCAACCCCGGGGGCUCUUGUCAUUAACAUUGGAGAUCUUCUACAGCUUAUAUCAAAUGAUAGUUUUACAAGUGUGGCCCACAGAGUACUGACAAAUUCCGUAGGGUCUAGAGUAUCAGUGGCCAGCUUUUUCACAACUGCUCUUCUGCCAGACUCAAGAUUGUACGGGCCUAUCAAGGAGUUGUUGUCAGAAGAGAACCCUCCAAAAUACAGGGAAACCACUGUCAAGGACUAUAUCACCUACUUCAACGCAAAAGGUCUUAGUGGUACUUCUCCCUUGCCACAUUUCAGUUUGAUUUGUGAAACAUUGCCUUAUUUUUCAUCGGAUGUCCCCCUCUUUUUGUUAAAAAUUGCUAAUCGGAGGAAGAAAAUGGUGAUUGCCAAGACAGAUGAAGUGCAGUUCGAACUAAAGCCUGAAUAUGAUCGAACAAGUGAACUGAAAGCUUUUGAUGAUACAAAAGCUGGGGUUAAAGGUCUUGUUGAUGCUGGAAUUAAAGAGGUUCCUCGGAUAUUCCAACACCCGCCAGAUCAGUCUGAGAAGAUCUCAGUUUCAGGUGUCACACAGGUCAGAAUUCCUGUCAUAGACCUUGAAGGAGUGAAGAAGGAUCCAGGAACUCGUCAGGAGAUUGUUGAGAAAGUCCGAGAUGCAUCGAAAACAUUGGGAUUCUUCCAAGUUGUGAAUCAUGGAAUUCCACUGAGUGUCCUGGAAGAGAUGAAGGAUGGUGCACGUAGGUUUUUUGAGCAAGAUUUGGAGAUCAAAAAGCAGUUCCACACUCGAGAUUAUACCAAAAGGGUGGCUUACAAUAGCAAUUUUGAUCUGUAUAGUUCACCAGCAGCCAACUGGAGAGAUACAGUUUCCAGCCUUAUGGCUCCAGAUCCUCCUAUGCCAGAAGAGUUACCGGAUGUAUGCAGGGAUAUAAUGAUGGAGUACUCAAAGCUAGUAAUGCAUUUGGGUUAUUUGCUGUUUGAGUUAUUCUCGGAGGCUGUAGGGUUGCACCCUGAUCACCUGAAAGACAUGGAUUGUGCUAAAGGGCUCGUUAUGCUGUCACAUUAUUACCCCGCGUGCCCACGGCCAGAACUAACUCUGGGUGCAACCAAGCAUGCGGACAAUGACUUCCUCACGGUGCUUCUACAAGACCAUAUUGGUGGCCUUCAAGUAUUUCAUGAAAAUCAAUGGGUUGAUAUACCCCCAACUCCUGGAGCUCUUGUGAUUAACAUUGGAGAUCUACUACAGCUAAUAUCAAACGAUGCUUUUGUAAGUGUGGAGCAUAGAGUGCUGUCAAAUUCUGUGGGAGCAAGAGUAUCAGUGGCAUGCUUUUUCAGCACUUUUCUUCUGCCAGAUUUAAGACCUUAUGGACCCAUUAAGGAGCUGUUAUCAGAAGAAAAUCCUCCAAAAUACAGGGAAACCACUGUGAGAGAAUUUGUUGAGUACGUCCAUACAAAAGGCCUUGAUGGUACUUCCGCCCUGCCGCAUUUCAACUCUAAACUUGGCCAUGGAGAUGAAAUCAGCAAUAUCAGCAUGACAUAAAUUAUAUAAUUUGGACUGUUUUCAGAAAAAUUUUGGUCAUGAUUACUAUGAUACUUGACCAAUUAAAAGGAAGUGAUGUUUAUCUACAGAACUUAUGAACCUUAGCUUGCUGAAAUCCGUGCUCUUUCUAGUG